AUGGCAGCACCAGCAGGGGCGGGGAGCACCAGCGCCGGCGGCACGCCGCCGAUGAUCCCACGCUACCCUCCUGGCGUUCCGGCGGUGGGUCUCGGCACGUUCUCCUACCCGUUCGUGGCGGACGACGUCAGGGCCUCCGUGCUCGCCGCGCUGGAGCUCGGCUACCGGCACCUGGACACCGCGGCGCUCUACGGCUCCGAGUCGGCCGUCGGCGAGGCCGUGGCCGAGGCGGUGCGCCGCGGGGUGGUGGCGUCCAGGGCGGAGGUGUUCGUGACGACCAAAGUGUGGUGCACGCAGUGCCACCCGCACCUCGUGCUCCCUACCCUCAUGGAGAGCUUGCAGAACCUUAAAAUGGAAUACGUUGAUUUGUACCUUAUUCAUUGGCCCAUGGCCAUAAAACCUAGCAAGCCUCACUACCCACUGAAAAGGGAGGACAUCGUGCCGAUGGACCUGAGCGGUGUCUGGCAAGCAAUGGAGGAAUGCCAUCGGCUUGGCCUUGCUAAAAUGAUUGGUGUCAGCAAUUUCACCACAAAGAAGCUGCAGGAGCUCCUUGCUGUUGCGAAAAUCCCACCAGCAGUAAAUCAGGUUGAACUGAAUCCAUCUUGGCAGCAGAAAAAACUAAUUGAGUUCUGCAGAGAUAAGGGUAUCCAUGUGACUGCUUACUCUCCCCUAGGAGGCCAAACUGGACCAAGUUCAGUACUGCAGUCUGGAGUUUUGGAAGAGAUUGCCAAGGCUAGAGGGAAGUCAGUGGCUCAGAUUUCACUGAGGUGGAUUUACGAGCAAGGCGUGAGCAUGGUGGUGAAGAGCUUCAAACGGGAGAGGCUCGAGGAAAACACCAUGAUCUUCCACUGGGAGCUCAGCGACGAAGACCGGUUGAAGAUUAGUCAGAUGCUGCAGCAGAAAAUGGCUACAGUGACAGGGCUCCUCUGCCCCGAUGGAGUCUCCAGUGUGGAUAUCGCUGAGGUCGAUGUUGUCGAGAUGUAGUUGCAUUGGCAUCUCCAUCUAUUUGUUGUGCGCUAAGACUUUGGUGGCACGGUAUUUGAAGAUGUGUCGUCUUGUGAGCAAUGUAGAGAUGAAUUUCUCUA